AUGUCGUCCUCACACAACCCCCACCCACAAGACGACCCCGAGGGCGACGAGCCCGACAUGCUCGACGCCGACGAGGCCCUCGAGGAGGUUGAGCAGGGAGACGACGACGACGUCGCCAUGGACAGCGACGACGACGACCAGCAGGAGGAGAUCGCCCUCGAGAACGACUCGAUCGCCUACUUUGACGCGCACAAGGACUCGGUCUUCUGCAUCGCCCAACACCCCAAAUACCCGUCCCUCAUCGCGACCGGCGGCAGCGAGGGCGACGACGACGACGCGCCCGGCAAGGGCUACAUAUUCGACGCCUCGGCCGCCGAGUCAAGACCGGUCCUGCCGCCCAGCUUCAGCAGCGACCCGAGCGCGAGGGCGGAGGGCACGCAGCUGCAGCCGCUCUUCAGCAUCGACGGCCACACAGACUCGAUCAACACGCUCGCCUUCACGCUGCCCAACGGCGACUUCCUCGUCUCGGGCGGCCUCGACGGCCGCCUGCGCGCCUACGCCGUCAGGGUGGCGCCCGGCGCGCAGCCCCAGUUCAAGUUCCUCGCCGAGUCGCAAGAGGUCCCCGAGAUCAACUGGGUCGCGCCCUGCCCGUCGCCGCAGUACCCCAACACCGUCGCCCUCGGCGCCUCGGACGGCUCCGUCUGGGUCUACACCGUCGACCCCUCGGACAAGGCCAACCCGCUGCAGAUCGUGCAGUCGUACUUUUUGCACACGGGGCCCGUCACGGCCGGCACGUGGACGCCCGACGGCAACCUGCUGGCCACCGUGUCCGAGGACAGCAGCCUGUACGUGUGGGACGUGUGGGGGCUCGCCGCGGGCAAGGGCCUCGUCGGCGACAACGGCCAGACGUGCGUCUCGCUCACGGGCGCCGACCAGCGCUUCGAGGUCGAGGGCGGCCUCUACUCGGUCGCCGUCUCGCCCAGCGGCGGCGUGCUCGCCUGCGGGGGCGCCGGCGGCGCCAUCCGCGUCGUCGGCAUGCCCAGGCUGGCCGACGCCGGCGGCGGCGCCCAGCAGCCCAAGGGCGGCAAGGCCCGCUCCGCCGCCGAGCCCGCGGCGCAGGCGGGCGCCAUCCUCGCGGCGCUGCAGGUGCAGUCCGACAGCAUCGAGACGCUGGCCUUUGCGCCCGCGCCGCAGACCCUGCUGGCCGCCGGGUCCGUCGACGGCAGCGUCGCCGUCUACGACACGUCGCGCUCCUUUGCGCUGCGGCGCAACAUCGCGGGCGCGCACGACGACUUCUCGGUCGUGAAAGUGGAGUGGGUGCGGUCGGCCGGCUCGGCGGGCGGCCAGUGGCUGCUCACGAGCUGCGGCAUGGACGGCGUGGUGCGCCGGUGGGACCUGCGGGGCGCGACGCCGGCGCAGAACAUCUCGGGCGCGGCGGCGGCGGGCCUGGUCAAGGAGUGGAAGGGGCACCGGGGCGACGGGGAGGGCGGGGGCGUGCUGGGCUUCGUGCAGGGGGAGACUGGGGAGCGGAUCGUCACGGCUGGUGAUGAUGGCGUGGUGCUCGUGUUUGAGGCGUGA